CCCAAACCCCAGCCCCUCCACACACGAUGUCGACCCCGACGCCAACGCCGCCGCACCUCCCAAAGAUCCCGGAAGACGUGUCGCCCGACCUGCCGAUAACGCUCACCGCGUCCGUGGUCCUGACGGCUCUUCCGCGCGAUGGCAAGCUCGCGUUGGACGCCGCGUCGCAUCCGAAGCCGACCAAAGUGACGCUGAAGUUCAAAGCGAUGGGCAACGCGCCCGUGCUCAACAAGGACACGUACAAGAUCAAAACCACGCAGCGCUUCGAGAACGUGGUCGUAUUCCUGCGCCAGCAGCUAGAACUGGGCGCCGAGCAGAGCCUGCUGCUCUACGUCAACUGGAGCUUCAUGCCGGCCCUCGACGAGAAUGUCGGGAAUCUGUGGAGUAGCUUCAAGACGGCGGAUGAGCUGAUCAUCAACUACUCGCUGCAGAGCGCAUUUGGUUGAGCUACAUACGAUACAGGAUGGAAUGGAAUAAAACCGGCGGUUUACGGGUUGCUUUGGAGCGUGAAAGGAAGAUGCGAGACAACGAUGUAUGUACUCGCGAGUCAAACGGUUGAUGUUCCUGAGAAUCGAUUGGUAAAGGGCUUCACCAGCAAUCACCGAUGGACCUAUUAUCAAACGGUCGCUUAGCUCAGUUGGUUAGA